CGAUAUCGUUGCUCCUCCAAAACAGAUGCGGUGGACAUCAUGAGAAAUGGCGCCUAGCAAGGGCCAGAUCUAACUUUUGCGACGUUAAAAAUGCACUGGCUGGCAAGUUUCCUGGUGUGUCGACAGGACGGGCCACAUCAGACUUUUGGCAAGAGUCGGAUGGGAACGCUGAAGAAAGGCAAGCGCAUUCAACGCCAACUCCUGGAUCCAGACUUCCAUAACGGAUGAAGUCACUAAAGGAGCGUAGUCAAGGCUUUGCCUCUAAAACCGGUCUCAAGCAAGGGCCGCAAGCUCAUAGGCACUUGCAGCCAGCCUUCACAAAGCUUGCGACGCUCCACUCCAAGAACAACUUUAGCUUCGCAAUUGUCACUGGCAACCUCUUUGAUGUUGACGACAAGAGCGCUAUUGAUACUCUUCUGAAUGGCGAACUUAAAGCUUUACCGUUGAACCUUCACUUCCUUAGCAAGCGCAGCAUCACCAAGACCUCUGAAGGAAUCAGGAUUGUUGCACUUAGCAGAAAGCUAGACGUAGAAAUUAUAGGGGGACAGUUAAAGGAGCAGCAUUUACCUUACCACACUGCAUAUGACACAAUGUCUCUUAAGGGCACUAGCAAGGCAGUCUGGCUGGCUGGCGUCUGGGAUAGAUCUAAGAUCGCGCUUUCCCCAGAAAACCAAGGCGCCAUUGAAAGCACAGCCAAAAUUGCAGAGCUAUGUGUAACACUGAAGCCCUGUUCCAACUUCUCUUCAUCCCCUGCUGAGUUUUUUUUACAAGCGAACUCUGCCAAAGCCAAGGCGCUUUAUGCGUUCUCACCAACAUCCAACGAGACCAACGUUGAGCGACCUGCUGCUAAUGCUACCUACACCCCAUUCAAGGCAAGGAAGCAAAAGAAAAGCUCGCAAGACGAGGGCUCUUACAGCCGCUUUGCCACUGGCGACGACGAUGGCUGUCAUAAUUGCUGCACAAGCGCCGCCGUCAGCAAUCCACCCCUCGUGGGCCGGAUCGUUGCUUCUUCUGCUUGA